UUUUGUUUGUCGUAAUAUCAGACAACCACUGCGUUUUCGACCAAAUUCAGAAAUUACUUCAGCUCUAAAAACUCUCGUGGGUCAGGUGACCACCGCCAUUGUCAGGAGAAACUAUAGCUAGUAGCUACAACAAUUAUCUGCGACAACACACACGUAGUCGCCGUCGUCGUCGUCGUUGCAGUCGUCGUCGAGUGGAAACCCCAAUUAGCGAGCGACCCCCUCGCUAAACUGCGCUGCGCAAAUGGCCGUUGGCACUUGUCGGCGGGAAUAGUAGACUAGACACCUAGGAUACGCGAUGGACGAUCUGUCGCAGGGCGACAUUUGUCGCGUGUGCCGCUGCGAGGCGCAGCAGGACCGCCCGCUCUUCUAUCCAUGCAUCUGCACGGGCAGCAUCAAGUACAUCCACCAGGACUGCCUGAUGCAGUGGAUGCGCUAUUCGCACAAGGAGUACUGCGAGCUGUGCGGCCACCGCUUCAGCUUUCAGCCCAUCUACGCCCCGGAUAUGCCGCGCGUGCUGCCCGUGAAGGAUGUGCUCGUGGGUCUCAUGUCCGCGGUGCUGGAGGCCGCCCGCUGCUGGCUCCACUACUCGCUGGUGGGCCUCGCCUGGUUCGGACUGGUCCCCCUCUCCGCCUACCGCACCUAUCGCUAUCUCUUUCGGGCCAACUCCUUUGACAUGAUCCUCUCGCUGCCGUUCGACAUCUUCUCCAUGGAUAAUCUGCCUUCGGAUGCCUUUCGUGGAUGCUUUGUGGUCACCUGUACGCUGCUCUCCUUCAUUGGCCUCGUCUGGCUGAGGGAGCAGAUCCUUCAUGGCGGCGGACCCGAUUGGCUGGAGCGCGACGAUGCCCCUGCGGCCGCCCAGCCAGCUGCGGCUGCUGCCGCUCCAGGGCCUGCGGCCGCCCCUCCGGCCGAUGAGGCAGAUGCUUUCGCUGCCGCUGCGGCUGCCGCUGCGGCUGCCGCCCAAGAUGACAACAACAAUGGCGAGGCCCCACAGGAUGUGCCCCCCAUGGACAAUGCAGCACCGGCCCCGGCCGACAACGAAGGCGAUGUCCAGGGAGCAGGCGGAGAUCCGAGAAAUCCAGCUCCAGUUGCCGCUGGGAACCCAGCAGAAGCAGAGGCCGAUGAACAGAACUGGAACCCCAUGGAGUGGGAUCGGGCCGCCGAAGAGCUGACCUGGGAGCGGCUCCUGGGACUGGACGGUUCGCUGGUCUUUCUGGAGCAUGUCUUCUGGAUCACUUCCCUCAACACGAUGUUCAUCUUUACGUUUGCCUUCUGCCCGUACUGCGUGGGCAACUUCAUACUGAGCUCCAUGGACCUGCUGCAGCCGGAGAAGCCUCUGCUGCACUUCCACGGCCUGAUAACGACUCUCUUUGGCUACUGCUGCAUCGGACUGACGCUCGUUGUGCUGCAAUUUCUCGCCCACACCUUCCAAAUGCGUCGCGUCUGCUGGUUCAUCGGCCUCUGCUACAUUGUGGUGAAGGUCUCGCUCCUCUCUGUGGUGGAGAUUGGCGUGCUGCCGCUCGUCUGCGGCUGGUGGCUGGACAUCUGCUCGCUGCCCCUGCUCGAUGCCAGCCUGAAGGAUCGCAAGGCGAGCUUUAAGGCGGCCCCGGGCACCUCCCUCUUCAUUCACUGGAUGUUUGGCAUGGUCUAUGUCUACUACUUUGCCGCGUUCAUCUCUCUGCUGCGAGAGGUGCUGCGUCCGGGCGUGCUAUGGAUCUUUCGCAACGUCAACGACCCCGACUUCAGUCCCAUUCAGGAGAUGAUCCAUGUGCCCAUUGUGCGGCACAUCCGGCGACUGGUGGCCUCGGCCAUGAUCUUUGGCUUCGCGGUGCUCCUGAUGCUGUGGCUGCCCAUACGCAUACUGCAGGUGGCCUGGCCCAAUUUCUUGCCCUAUGCCCUGAGCGGAGAUGCGGAGGUGAACGAUUUGAGUCUGCAGCUGUUGCUCCUGCAGAUUGUCUUGCCCGGGUUCUUUGAGCAAACCCAAACACGCAUCUGGCUGAAGGGUGUGCUCCGCAUCUGGUGCACGGCCGUGUCCUGGCUUCUGGGAAUACGCAGCUACCUAUUGCCCGCUCCAGAGCCCGAGCCGGCAGCCGCCGCCGAAGGCGAGGGCGAGGGCGUGGGCGUGGACGGAGCCGUUGAAAACGCCAAUCCAGAUGUGGCGCCGCAGGCUCCACCGCCACCACCGCCGCCGCCCCCUGUGGAUCCGUUUCCCAUACAUCUACCGCGAAAUCUGGCCGCCGCCCAUCAGGCGAUCAUGCAGCGGGAUGCGCCCAUGGGCUUCCAGCCGUACGAGAAGCCCACUCUCUUCGCCUUCCGCCUGUGCGCGCUUAUGACUCUGAUGUGCCUGUCGAUUGUGGGCGCCGCCAUACUGACGCUGACGGUGCCCGUGUACAUUGGUCGCCGCCUGAUGGUGCUCUGGACGGGACAGCAGGCCGAGAAAGGAGUUGCUGCUGCUGCCGCGGCGGAAGGACCCCUGCCAGCCGUAGAUCCCGAGGCGGCAAGGAAGAAUGAGCGACUGUUGCGCGCCCACGAGCUGUACACCGCCGAGAUUGGGGGCUAUCUUUGCUGGAUUGUGCUCCGCGGAGUGGCUGUGGUCGCGACCCUCCUGCCCCAAGGUCGCACGGCGAUUGUCAACAAGCUGAAGCACUGGGCCACCGUCACCCUGCAGUACGCCCUGCCCGUGAUCACGCUGGUGGGCAUCUUUGUGCUUGUGCCGCUGCUUUUCGGCCUGCUCCUGGAGCUGGUGGUGGUGAUACCGCUGCGCGUGCCCCUACGCAAGACACCCAUACACUUCUUGUGGCAGGACUGGGCGCUGGGCAUGCUCUACACAAAGAUAGCCAUUGCUCUGACCCUCAUGGGGCCCGAGUGGCAUCUGCGGCGUGCCCUGGAGCGCGCCUACACGGAUGGACUGCGAGAUUUCGACCUGAAGUUCGUGAUGCGGGACUUGGCCGGGCCGGUGGUGACGACCUUUGGCCUUGCCCUGGCCAUACCCUAUGUGAUGGCCAGGAUGGUGCUGCCCGUCUUCUUUGUGGAUCGCUACACGCGGCAGUGCAUCUAUCGGCUGGUGUAUCCCGUCAGCUUCGCCGCGGUGGGCACCAUCUGUUUCGUUCUCUUCCAGAUCAAGCAGCUGAAGAAGCUCUAUCUCUCGAUCAAGGUGGACAAGUACUUGGUGGGGCAGCGUCUGGUCAACUAUGAGAACCGCAAGAAGCAGCAGCAGCAGCAGCAGGAGGAGGAGCAGAAGGCACGCGAGCUGAAGGAGCGCAGGGACAAGGAGAAGGAGCUGGGCGUCGAUAUGGCAAUGGUGCCCGAGGAGUAUGCCGAUCUUUACGGCGCCAUCGACGAGGAGCCGGAUCAUGCGGACCUCCUUGCACGUGUGAGGAGACGCCGAGAGCUACCGCCACGGCCCCCCCUGCGGCCAGACGCCAACGAAGAGCUCCUCUAAUGCUGCUCCUCUGCCUGUGCCUAUCGUCGUGUAUAUCUUUGUCGAAGACGGAAGCUGACGGACAAAUCUUCAAGUGAAAUAUACAAUUUUUUUUGUUUCUUCCUGCUUAGCGCCCCUUGCUCUACGGCCCCCCCCCACCACACGCAUACAUAUGUUCUUGGUUAAGUUAAGCUUCUGUUGUGGUUAGUUUUUAUGUUUUAGCUACAAUUGUUGAACUCGAGAUGACCCCCGCUCCCCCCACUGACCGUGUCUAGAUUCUAGAGUUUAAGUUGUACCUAGGAAUAUAAGAGAAAACAAACAACACCUAUGCAUCUACUGCACUUCAAAAUAAGUAGAUAACCCCCAAAACAUAGUGUAGAGUAAUGGCCCAUAUAUUAGAUCGAAGGCCCUCUUGAGAAUCCCUCUUGAGAAUCGUCUAAAGGACAUGCGAAAUUUCCCCUUUCGAGAAUCGAAACCAAAACCAAAUUCAAAAUAGAUGAAAAUUAGGAAACGAUUAACGAAA